AGCAGGAUUGUUGAAGUUAUUUAUUGAUUUAAUUAUUUAUUUAUAGAGGGAGUUGAAAAGAGGAGGAAUGUGGCCUACAAAUGGGAUGCAAUCGAUGCAGAAAUUGGUUGCUGUGGCAAUAGACAGGGAUAAGGGCUGCCAAGGUGCCCUCAAAUGGGCUGUUGAUAAUGUUCUUGGCAGGGGCCAGACAAUUGUUUUGGUACAUGUUCGAAUGAAGCCAUCAAACCAUUCCCACAGGUUUCACCAAGUUCCCGAUGAGCAAAUUCAAAAUGAUGCGGAUUUGAAGGAUCUCUUCCGGCCUUUCCGUGUCUUCUGUACACGCAAAGAGAUACAAUGCCACGAAAUUGUUCUCGAUGAGACGGAUGUAGCAAGAGCUCUCAUUGAAUUCGCAAAACAGUCUUCCAUUGAAGUAAUGGUUGUUGGUGCUGCAUCAAAAGCCAGCUUCUUCAGAUUUAGAGUUAAAGACAUUCCCGGGACUGUGUUAAAAGGUUUACCCGAUUAUUGCACCGUAUAUCUCAUCCACAAAGGAAAGAUCUCAUCUACACGGUCUGCUUGUCGUCCUGCUCCAUCCAUCAUUAGCCCACUUCGCGGCAAGCUCAUGAGUCUAGCCAACAAUAGAGUCAACGGACCCGAUCCAGCAAUGCCGUGCAGCACUAAUUCCAAAAGUUCAUUCUCAGGAAAUUUUAGGCCGGGAUCAGAGUUAUCGCCACUCUCGGGAAAUAGCGAUGCAGGCUACAACAAGUCCCCACUUGCUGACCAAAGGUUCCCUAAUGAAAGACCAUAUGAAAUCUCGGAACAAGAAACAGAAGGAUCCUUUGCCAACACGGGGAGGAGAAGCGUUGAGAUGUAUUCAGCAUAUGAGAGUUUCGAGAGCGGUGUUACUCCUCCUCGGCUUUCUGGAAUCUCUGAUAUGGAUUACCAAAGCAUGGAUUCAUGGCAGAAUGGUCACAAAUCUGAGGAGGUAGGGCAGAAAUCUAUAGACGCAGGAUUCCCAGUCGAACUCUCUGUUUCUCUCGAGAAUGAUCAUACCUUGUUGGGAUCAACAACGGACGAAGUCGAAGCAGAAAUGAGAAGACUAAAACAGGAACUAAAGCAAACAAUGGAUAUGUACAGUACUGCGUGCAUGGAAGAGCUCUCGGCCAGGGACAAGGCAACGGCGCUCCAGAAAUGGAAGAUCGAAGAAGAAAGGAAGGUAGAAGAAGCUCAAUUAGCAGAAGAAGCAGCCAUGGCUGUGCCAGGAAAAAAAAUGGCGACGACUGAGGCUGCACUCCAGCACGCCGAAGCAGCUCAACGGCUGGCAGCUCUGGAAGCCGAAAAGAGAAUAAAUGCAGAGAAGAAAGCCUUACGAGAAGCCGAAGAGAAUAAUACGAUGCUAAGCUCUCUAACGCAGACGGAUAUCAGGUACCGGAAAUACACAAUCGAGGAGAUUGAAGUCGCCACGGAAUACUUUGCGCCGUCUAGAAAGAUCGGAGAAGGAGGCUACGGGCCCGUAUUCAAGUGUUAUUUGGACCAUACUCCUGCCGCCGUCAAGAUCCUCCGGCCUGAUGCUACUCAUGGUCGGGCGCAAUUUCAGCAAGAGGUCGAAAUUCUAAGCUGCAUGCGGCAUCCGAACAUGGUUCUACUUCUAGGAGCCUGUCCUGAAUACGGUUGCCUAGUUUACGAGUAUUUAUCAAACGGAAGCUUGGAAGAUCGUCUAUUCCAGCGCGGGAAGACUCCGCCGCUGUCGUGGCGGCACAGGUUUCGAAUUGCAGCCGAGAUUAGCGUCGGCCUACAUUUCCUCCAUCAGAACAAACCCGAGCCACUGGUUCACCGCGACUUAAAGCCUGCGAAUAUUCUGCUCGACCGGAACUUCGUCAGCAAAAUCAGCGAUGUCGGCUUGGCCAGGCUUGUUCCUCCGUCCGUAGCCGAUAAUGUCACUCAAUACCUACUGACGGCGACAGCUGGAACUUUCUGCUACAUCGAUCCGGAGUAUCAACAGACCGGGAUGCUCGGCGUGAAAUCCGAUGUUUAUUCCUUAGGGAUCAUAUUCUUGCAGAUUCUUACGGCUAAGCCGCCGAUGGGCAUAAGCCAUGUUGUCGCGAGAGCAAUCGAGCAAGGGAACUUCACCAAAAUUCUGGAUCCUUAUGUUCCCGAUUGGCCCGAAGAAGAGGCCUUAGGCUUGGCUAAAUUGGCGCUUAAAUGCUCCGAGCUUAGACGGAAAGACAGGCCGGAUCUUGGGAAAGUCGUGCUUCCGUACUUAAACAAGCUUAGGGAAAUGGCUGACGACAACGUGUAUGAACCUGCGAAUGGCUUCACGACUGCCUCUCCCGGCGCGACUCAAGUCUCUAUGUCGAAAGGGGAGUUGAGUUACCCGCCAUCGGCGCAAUCGAGCACCGGUGGCUGAUGUACGAGCAACCGUAGCAUGAAUGCAGUUAUAGAUGCUGAGACAAUGAGUUCCAUCAUGUUUGUAUACGGAGAAUCGGGCCGGGCUCGGAGCCUUUUUGUUUUUCCGGCAUGUCGACGGUGGCGCCGCCGCAGCUGUGCGUGCUUUGGGAGGUUCUUGGUGUGUGUUUUUGCACCAUGUAGAGGUUAGAUAAGCUCGAUAGUUUGAUGAUGUAAUUAGGUGUAUUAUGAAUCAGUUUAUAUAGAUAUUUUUACAUUUUGCCACUUAAUUAUUAGUAUUUUUGUUUUAAGAAAAAAGAAAAAAGCAAAAAUCACAAUAAAUAUAAAUAUACUUUUCACUUAUAAUAAAGCA